AUGACCGGAUUAUCCACUAGAUUGCUCUGUGCUGACAGAGAUGUCAUGAAUAGAGUUCCUGACGUUGUGUCACCAAUCAAUGUGGCAACCACUUAUAGGUAUCCCGAUAACCCUGAUGAUUUUAUACUAGCUAAGGAUGCUGAUCCCGCCAGCUUGACCACUGGUAGACCGCUUUAUUCGAGAUUAUCGCAUCCGAAUUCGAGCAAGUGUGAAGCCGUCUUAGGCGAUCUUCUUGGAGGUCAUGCUGUGGUGUACAACUCUGGUCUUUCAUCGUUCUUCGCUGCUAUUACCUAUUACAAUCCGAAAACUGUGGCUAUUGGAGAUGGAUACCAUGGCGUUCAUGGUAUUUUGGACAUUCUUAGUCGAAACUAUGGUGUUAAGCAGGUCGGACUUGAGGAAUUGGACAAAUUAUCGGCUGGAGACAUGAUUCACAUCGAGACCCCUGAGAAUCCUUAUGCCAAAGUUCAUGAUUUGGCCUAUUAUGUGAAAAAGGCACAUGAUGUUGGGGCCUUUGUGGUCUGCGAUUCCACCUUUGCACCACCUCCAUUGCAGGAUCCAUGGGAGUUUGGUGUGGAUAUGGUAAUGCAUGCUGGUACUAAGUACUUUGGGGGUCACUCUGACUUGUUAGCAGGUGUCUUAGUGACCAAAGACUCUAAGGUCAAGACUCAAUUGGUUAACGAUAGGGUCUUUUUGGGUACUAAUAUCGCCAACUUGGAAUCCUUUUUGCUAUUGAGAUCGCUAAGAACUUACGAAAUGAGAAUAAAGAGACAAAGCUCUAGUGCCGAGAAGAUUGUAAACUACUUGGAUGUCCAUAGAGCUGACUACCCUGCUUUAAAAGUGAUUCACCACUCUUCUUUGCAAAAAGACGAUUUUGUCAGGAGACAGAUGAAGGGAGGCCACUCUCCUGUGUUUGCCAUUGAACUUGAAUCACAAGAACAGGCAAAGAACCUUCCAGGAAAAUUGAACUAUUUUCAACAUUCGACCUCUUUGGGAGGUGUCGAAUCGUUAAUCGAAUGGAGAGCGUUGAGCGAUCCUCAUGCUCGGUUAACAUUACUUAGAGUUAGCGUGGGUGUAGAAGACCCAGAUGAUUUGAUUGCAGAUCUGGAUCAGGCUUUAAAAGCAACUAAAUAG